AUGGAUUCAGAUCCAAUUGAUAACAACACAAUUGUUCUUAACUCUUUCACUGAAGACAUAAACAAUCCCAUGUUGACACAUAGUCCCAAAAACAACAUAGAUGCUGUUGAUACACAAAGUACAAUCCCAUUCCAAUUAAUCAACCUUAAUUGCUCCAAUGAAAACCAAACAUCUCAUGAAACAUUGAAAGAGUUUGAUUUCUUUAAUGUUAAUAAUAACAAUGAUCAUAAUAAGGUUGUCUCUCUCUCUGCCUUUGCCCUUGACAAUGAUACCAACAUACCAUCUUUAUUGAAAAUCAAACUCAAUACUGGCACCGGUGAUCUUCUUAACCCCAAUACUAGCGGUGAUCAAUCUAUGGUGGAUGAUGGCAUGUCACCUACUUCUGACAACAAGGAUAUUAAGAAUGAGAUGGCUAUUCUUCAAGGUGAGCUUGAUCGAGCAAACACGGAGAAUCGUCGAUUGAAGCUAAUACUUGAUCAACUUCAAACAGAUUACGAUACCCUGCGUAUGCAUUUCAAUAAAGUGAUGCAUUACCGUAUGGUUGAUGAAAAGUCUAAAGAGAAAGACAGAAUUGAGAAUGGUAAAGUUUUGGUUCCAGGUCAAAUUAUUGAUUUCGAGUUGGCUCCUAAUGCUGAGACCGAGAUGGAUCUUGAUCCCUCCUCUUCAUCAAUUGGAAGAAAAAGAAGUCGCGAUGAAUUAGGAUUGCUGACAAAUAACACCGGUGUUGCUUCCCGUGAAUUAGUCCUAGAAAAGAACAUUAAUGUUAGUGAUGAAAAGAAGGAACUUGGUAAAGGGAUUGAAAAUGAAGAUAGUCCCAUAGGUAAUGCUGACAAAACUCAAAGUUUGAAUCCUUCAAACAAUUUUAGUAGUAUUCAUCAAGUUGAGGAUGCAUUGGGGAAAGCAAGAGUUUCUGUUAGAGCUAGAUCAGAAGAAGACAUGGUUCCAGAUGGAGGCCACUGGAGAAAGUAUGGUCAAAAAAUGGCGAAAGGAAACCCAUGUGCUCGAUCUUAUUAUCGAUGCAGCAUGGCUGCUGGCUGCCCGGUUAGAAAACAGAUACAAAGGAGUCCUCAAGACACAACAAUUGUAAUCACAACAUAUGAAGGGUAUCACAACCACUCUUUACCUCCAAAAGCCGCGGAAAUGGCACAAAGAACUUCAUCAGCUGCAAAAAUGUUUCUUACAGGAUCAACAUCAAGCAAAGAUGGAAAAAUGAAUGUAGAUUUCGUUAAAAAAACACUUCAUCCAGAAUCUUCAAGUUCUCCAACUAUCUCAACAAAUUCUCUUUUGCCAAUUGUUACAAUUGACUACACUAAACCUUCGAGUAGUCAUCCCUCAAGGCGUCAAAAUCAUCAGCAAAUUCCUGGAAACCCUUAUAAUUUUUCAAGCUCCUCAUCUUCUAAAAUUCCUCAAGACCAAUCAAAGUUGUCUGGUCUUUAUAUGUCACCAAAUUCAACAAACCUUUCUGAAAUUGUAGUCCCGAAUGUUACACAAGCAUUUAGUGAUGCCAUGGCUGCUGAUCCAAAUUUCACUGCUGCUUUGGCUGCUCUUAUUACUUCGAUUAUGCGUACUUCUCAGUCAACCGGCAAUGCUACUACUAGUAGUACUACUACUAGUACUGCUGCUGCUACCGAUGGAACAGGAAACAACAAUGCAAAUCUCGCAAGUAGCGACAAUAAUAAUGGGAAGGAGUAG